GCCCUCAGCCCCGCCCCGGAAUCGAUAGCUCGGCGCUCGGCGCGCUGGGCGGAGCGCCGAGGCAGUCGAUGGGACAGCUGACUUGCCGCCGCAGCCGCCGCACCGGCCAUUUCCCGCCGGCCCGGAGCGGAGACCGGCAUCUCCUCCCGUCCCGCAGUACGGACCAUGCCUCCCAAAUUCAAGCGGCACCUGAACGACGACGAGGUGACGGGCUCGGUGAAGAGCGAGCGGAGGAACCUUUUGGAGGAAGAUUCGGAUGAAGAGGAAGACUUUUUCUUGAGAGGGCCUUCGGGACCAAGAUUUGGACCCAGGAAUGACAAGAUCAGGCAUGUGCAAAACCAGGUGGAUGAAGUCAUCGAUGUUAUGCAGGAGAACAUCACGAAGGUGAUUGAAAGAGGCGAGCGGCUGGAUGACCUGCAGGAUAAAUCAGAAAGUUUAUCAGACAACGCAACAGCUUUUAGCAACAGAGCCAAGCAGCUUCGGAGACAGAUGUGGUGGCGAGGCUGCAAGAUGAAGGCGAUCAUAGCACUGGUGGUGGUCGUUCUUCUGCUCGUGAUCAUCGUACCCUUAGUCCUGAAGUACCAUACCUGAGGGGCAGCUGGAGGCUUCGGUGGAGCUGGCUCUGGGAUAACCAAACUGCUGUGUAAUUUAAGUGAGAUAUCUGUAUAUAGCUUUGAAGUUUGUUUUUCCUCCAAGGGGUGAGGAGGUGGUGGCGGCAAGUAGCCAGUUCUAACACAGUGUUUUAAGAACUGCCAAAUGACCCUUUUUUUUGGUCAAGUACCUGUUCCUGCUGUCAGACUUUUUUUAUAACAGAAGAUUCAGUUCUCAAACCGCCUGUUUUGUGAAAUUCUAGGUCUCUGGUUUGGAGCUGACUACUUGCCACUACAGUUUAUCUGUAUAUAUGGUUGAGUUGUAAUAUUAAUAAUAAUAUUGUCUGAGCAGUUCCCCACUGCCUGUUGUGGAAGGCAGAGGGGAUUCAGUCCUUUCAUCAGAGCAAAGGAGGGGAAAAAGAAAAUAAAAAAUGGGGAGAGGGGAGAAAUAAUGAAGUUUUACAAUCCAGAAGACUUUCUGGUCCUGCCAUGGGAAUGCACAAGCUCGGUGUUUUCAGUAUCGCUGCUUAAAGCUGUGACUAAAGACAUUCCAGUAAACCUAUUUUUGACCAUA